CUUAAAAGAGGCUAUGUGGCUUGGAAUAAACAGAUGGAUGAUAUUCUCACCCGAGUUUUGUUGGAACAACUCCACAACAAGGAAAAAGGAGAUGGAGAUUUUAAACCCCAAGCCUACCAAGCUGUUGUCGAUGAACUAAAGAAAGAGUUGGGCAUCCCAAUCAACGUGGAGCAUGUGAGAAAUCGAACUAGACUUUGGAAGAAGCACUAUGGUUGCAUCACCGACAUUAAGACUUAUACAAAGUUUAAGUGGGAUGAUGAAAGAAAAAUGAUCGUCAUCACAAUUGAAGAUGUAACGCAAUGGGAGGAAUAUAUUAAGGACAACAAAAAUGCAGCCUCUUAUCGCAACAAGUGCAUAGAGAAUUGGGAAGAUAUAUGCACUUUAUUUGGUGCAGAUAGAGCUGUUGGGGAUGGUUCAGAACAACAUGAUGAGGCAGCGGAUGCCAUGGAGGAGGAAAUGAUAAGUGAAGGAAAGAGCUCAUCCAAGGAUCCAACUGUUUCGGGCUCUCACAAGCGCAAAAAAGAUAGUGUAGCUGAUGCGGUCAACAGUUUUGCCGAGUCCUUCAGAGAAUAUGUGCAAAGCAAAAUGAACGACACUCCGAAACCCACUUGUCAAGAGAUAUAUACCGUUGUGUCUGAAGUAUAUGGCAUUUCUAGGAAUCAGAUUAUGAGGGCAGUAAAAAGGUUUAUGAAUGGUAAUCCUGACGAGUUUUUAAUGUUGAAAGAGCUACCGGAGGAUGAGAAACUUGAUUGGGUACUCUUGUGCCUUGCUGAGUAGUUUGACUCACUUUCAUAUGUCAUUGUAGGUUUUUUCCGUUACUUUAUC